AUGGAUCAAAUUGAGUCAGUAACUACUGAUAAUAAUGUAUUUAACCGUCAAGAAUCGAUUUAUAAUGGCUCAACAACAUAUUCCAACUUCAGUGAAGCAAUAAUUGUCGUAUGGCUGCGAAUGAAAUCUGCAGCUACAAAUAUAAACUUUGAUUCAAUUGAAUCUAAAAUUGAAAAUAGUGCUGAUUUAUUGAAAAACUUUUAUGGUUUGUCAGAAGACUGUGAAAAAUAUAUUUGUUCUGCACCUAAAAAUAUCAAAAUACUUUUUAUUCUUUUCGAUGAAUAUGCUACUCAAGCUCUUCUUAAAAAAGUCCACGAUCUGCCUGUAAUACACUCAAUAUAUGUACAUGGUACAAUUUAUAAAAAAGAAGAAAUAAAUGUAUAUCCUAAGAUAGUCAAUACGUACACAGAUCUUCAUAUAUUAACGGAUGAUUUAUGUUCCAAAAUUUACAACUAUAUUCGCCAUGCACAAUUACCUAUGACGAUUUUCAAAAAACAAUAUGAAGAAGAUCGAUCGACCAAUCUGCUUAAUAAAUUUGCUUAUUUUGUGGACUUUUGGAAUCCCUUAUUUAUUGAUUUGUUAUUCGACUUACCUGAAAUAGAUUAUGAGCAACAAAAGAUCAAAUUUCUUGAACAAUGUCGAAUAUAUUAUCGAGCUAAUGAAUCCGUGCUGAAAGUUAUCGAUGAAUUUGAAAAUACUUACAAACCUGAAUUUGCUAUUCUGUGGUAUCAACGUGACUCGUUUGUAUAUCGUCUAUUGAAUAAAGCAAUGCGUCAACAAAAUAUUGAAGGAAUUCUUAUAUUUCGUUUCUUCAUCUUGGAUUUAUUUAACGAAUUGAAUAAGAUUUAUCAUGAAUUUAUUGAUUUAUACGUGUAUCAAGACAAUACAUAUGAAACUGUUUAUAGAGGACAAAAAAUGUUCAUUAAUGAAAUUGAUAAAUUAAAGGAAAAUUUAAAACAUGGUACACUUAUAAUAUCCAUCAAUAGCUUUUUCUCAGCUAGUCGAACACAAGGCAUAGCAGUGGAUUUUUCUGGCGCAAUUAAACCUAAAGAUGACACUUCAAUCUUGCCUGAUGAUAUAAAAUCUGUUUUAUUUGAAAUUGAAAUUAAAAUUGAUCAUAAAAUGCAGCUAAAACGAAAACCAUUUGCUGAUGUAAGUCACUUGUGGAACGGACGUAAUUUAGAUGAACAAGAACUUAUAUUCAUGGUUGAUUCAUUUUUUCAAAUUGAUCAGAUUAUUGAAAAUAAAGAAAUUGAAACAGUAGUCAAAGGAAAAAUGGUUAAGGCUGUAGUAACUCUUGUUAAAUUAACAUUUAUUAAUGAAGAUGAUAUAAAUAUAUCAACAAUGAAAGAUUAUCAAAUUUUAAAGUCAACAAAAACAAUCGAAGGCAAAUUGAUUCGAAUUGGAAAUUUACUAAUCGAUCAGUCGUUAUCUAUUGGAUCUCCACGUUCGAAAGCAGAUGCAUACUAUAAGGCUUUGUUCAAUGAACCAAAGUUUUUGAUGACUACAGCAUGCUUGACAGGUCAAGCAUGGGUGGCAUUGAAAAGAGGAGAAUAUGGUUUGGCGAUAAAAUUAGCACUAGAAGCCUUAUCCAUCGUUGAUAAAUCUAAUGAUGAAUUGACAAUAACUACUUUAAAUUGCCUUGGUGGAGUUUAUUCAGAACUAAAAAACUAUGUCAUAGCAGUGGAAUAUUACACGCAAGCAUUUAAUUUAUGGAAACCUACUGAUGAUAAGAUAGCAAGCAACAUUUAUUCAGGUCCAAGCAUUCCAAUUGAUAAAUAUGCAAUGUAUGACAAUUACAGAAAUAUAUCUUCAAUUAAUAUCGCACGUAUUCGUAAAAAAAAUGGAGAUAUUCAACUAGCAUGGAACAUGUACAAAGAAGCUAUUGAUUAUGAAAUGCGCGAUACUACUGAUUUUCAUUGUCAUACAUGUAUGACAAUAGCUGAAUCAGGAACCCAUGAAAUGAUAACAACUGCGGAAGAAAAAAGUCGAACAUGGAAAAAUUGGAAAAGUUUCCUUGAUCUUGGUCUAGUCGAUAUCCUUAAAUAUCGUACACCAGUUGUAACUGGAUAUUUAUCAUUCAAUCAUCAAUAUGAUUUUUCUUCACGUCGAUAUAAUAACGUGUAUUGUCGAACAAUGGCAAUUAAUUAUUUUCGAAAAGUUGAGAACCAAUGUGAACCAUAUGCGUCAAAUCACGAAUAUUAUCUAUAUACUUUACAAUGUUACGAACGUCUAGCAGAACUAUACAGAGAUUGGGACAAUCGAUCUAUUGAUUACUACGAAAAGAUGAUUCAAUUAUGUCUUAAAUAUCAUCCAGAUGAUUUAGAAAAUAUUAUCAUCAGCUAUAAAGGUAUGAUAGAAACUUACAAAAAGCAACAGUCAAGAGGGCCAGAUAAUUCCGAAGAUAUAUUAAUGAAACUGUGUGUUGACGGUAAUGAUAUAGUAGUUACACCCGGCAGAACGCCGAUGACACCACCCGUACCAUUAUUGACGCCGCCCAUCACUCCAUUGAAACUGCCCGCAUUCGGAAUAUUUUUUCAAAAUAUUAACUAUUUACAUUUCGCAUUUGAUUACUAUGAUAAAUGGAUAGAUCCUCGGUUGAAAAAUGAAUCAGAUUUGCGAAAGAAAAUUAUCUAUUGUCAUAUGAAAUUAGCUGCUUUAUUUUAUGAACAAAAGAAAAUAAGUGAUGCUAAAGAUUCAUUAAUAAAAACUAUUUUAUUAUGUCAACAAUUUGGUUCCGAAAUGUCUGAUGUUAGACGCAUAUGUGAUGAAAAUUUGUCAUUUAUCGAUAUGAAUUUUGAUUCCAUUAUUCAAUCAUAUAAAAAUCGAUUAUCAACAAUUACUAACAUUGCUGGUGAUUGCAUGAAUGAAAAUAAUUAUUGUUAUAUAGCACUAUUAUAUGAGAAAAAGAAUGAUUUCAAUUCAGCAUUUGAAUUUUUACAAAUACCAAUUGAAUAUUUUGAGCAAUAUGGUUACAUUUGUUUACAUACAAUUGACUGUUAUAGUAAAUUAGCAAAGUAUUAUCAAACGAUUAAAAAUGAUAGGGAGUCUGCUGUUAAUAUAUAUGAAAGAGCAAUUAAUUUUGUCAGCAAACAUCGAUCAUAUCCAAUGACAACAACUAUUUCGAUUAUUGAACAAUGUUUAAUUAACUUUUUCAAAAACAUCGGUGAUUUAGAUACAACAAUUCUUAUUUAUGAAAUGCUUUGUGAAACUGUUCGACAUGAAACAACUGAUAUUACAGUGUUAUAUAACCAUUUGAACAGAGUUUUAAAAUUAAUAGUUCAAAAACCUGAUGCAUUUAAUACAGUUCUUGAUAUUUAUGAGAUUUUUCUCAAUUUAAUUUUAAAAAUAAUCAGUCCAUUAACUUCACAAAUGACUAUGGUCUUAAUUCAUUUUCGAGAUCAUUUUAUUGAUGCAUACAAAAAAUCCAAUCACUUAUGUUUAGCAAUUGAAAUUUAUCAAAAAUUAAUAGGUCUUCUUUUCAAACAUCAAAAUGAUACAAUGAAGAUUAUAAAUGAAUAUAAAACAAUAGCAGCUAAAUUUAAAACAAAACGUUUGUUAGAAAAUUCAGUGACAGCAUAUGAAAAUCUAUUAGAUUUUGUAUGUCAGCAUCAUACUACCGGUCGUUUUAUUGAAGAUGAUUUAAUUAGUUUUGUUUUUUAUAUCUGGAAACACGAAAUUAUUAAACAAUAUUUGAUGGAAAAUAACUUCGAGUCAGCAAUUAGUUUACAUUAUAAAAUGAUUCAUUUUCUAGAAACAUAUCGAUUAAAUAUCAAUACGAAGUAUAAUUUAAAUGAAUUUAUACAAAAAACAUUACAAAAUUAUGAUGAAAUAGCUAUAAUCUAUCAAUUAAAAAAAAACAAUUUAGAUCAAACUAUGAAUAUUUAUCAAGAACAAAUUGAAUUUAUGACAAAGUAUGAAAUAGAAACUGUUCAACAACAUAUCAGCACAAUUAUUUCAAAAUGUCAACAAUUUGCUACAGUUCAUAAAGAACAAGCUAUAGAAUUAUAUUCAAAACUUAUUAUUUUCAUUGAAAGGAAUCGUCUACAGUAUUUAUCUCAUUUAUCAAUUGCCUAUAAAGAACUCAUUCAACUAAAUCAUGCUAGUGACAAAAAACAACAAUGUACGUGUAUAGAUUCAAGCGAUGAAAUUACUACUGAUAAUUAUUUACCGAAUUCAUGCCGUGUUGUUGAUCUUAAACAACGUGUGUUGGACUAUAAAGAAAAAGCUAAACAUUAUUUAGAUAACAAACAAUUUGAUAGAGCAAUAGAAGUUUAUAGAACUGAAUUGUUACCAUUUCUUUUAGAAAAUCAUGCACGAGAUGAUGAACACAUUGCUACAUGUUACAGACAAAUAGCAUCACUAUAUUACGAAGACAAUGAGAAAAAUGCUCAAAUAGCAUUGAAUUAUUAUAAAAAAACUAUUGAUAUUUAUGAAAUACAAAAAGAUAAUUUCUAUACAGAAUAUGCCUUUGAAUUAAAUCCGAAUGUUUGUCGCCGUUAUGCAGGAAUACUUUUUAUGUGUUAUAAUAUCAUGAAAACAAUUUAUAUCGUUUUAAAUGAUCGAAUUUCAUCUGACAUAUACAAACAAAAAGGAAUUAAUAUCUAUGAAAAACAUAAAGAUCAAUUUCAAUUUAAUGGCAAUCCUGCAACAAAUAUAGUUACAGUUGAAAUACGUCCUUUUGUUGAACUAAGUUAUUGA